CUCAGGCUGUCUGCCCGGGUUCUGUAGCGCGUACGCCCGGCGCCGUAGCCGCCGCUGCGCCCACGAUACUUCAGUGCGCGCGGCAUACAACUUCUCCACCUGCCGCAUUUUCAUCAACGAAGACGUCUAGAUGCAACCACGAACUGGCUUUUACCCUCCGGCACGCCUGUCAGGUCUCUCGACAAACGACCAGGGCAAUUCUGGAAAGACGACCGGAACACCCGGUCAGCUGUUCGUUGUCGUAGAAACCUGAUGGGAGUGCUCUGGAUGUUUCGUCGUGGCGCGGGAAAGAGGGAGGACAGCGUCGAGUGCCCCGUUAUGGUCGUUGCUGGCACGGUGAUGUACCACUCCAACUAAAGAUGCCUUCGACAGACGUUCGAAAGGUGAUGGGGCACCCACGGCCCAUCACCGGUCUCUGUUGUGGCGUCAGCACCAUUCCUGUGGCGCUUGUGCCUACCAAUGGAGGUUCCAUCAGGAUCACGAAUCCACAGGCUGUCCAGAAGGCACUUAAGGCCUCGUCCAACCACUUCCAGACCAUCACUGAUGUGGGAACGUUCGGACGGGGAGGUAUAGUGUGUCGUUCACCCGACCAGACCUGUGUUGAAGACCUCUUGAAAUGCACUUCAUUCGCUUCCACCCUGGUGAGUGCUUUCAUUCCACCUCACCUUGCGUGCACCAAGGGUCUUGUACGGGGCGUAGACUCUCGAUUAAGUCCUACGGAAACCCUGGACAAGCUAUCCGCAGCAGGCGUCAUUGCUAUCUACCGUUUCAAUCGACUGGCAAAUAACGAGAGGGUUCCAACAGAAUCUAUCGAGACUCGCGAGGUGGAGGAUUAA